AUGUGUGGCAAUAACUUGGGUCCUGAGGGAGUUUUGGAGCUGUGGAAUGCUCUGGAACAUAACACCACUGUGGAGGAACUCUAUCUGGACAUCACCGGCAUCACGGAGAGAGGAACAGAAAACAUUGUCAACUCCCUCAGCAAGAACACAUCUCUGAAGACACUGACUAUUGUUGGAAAUGACAUUGGAGAGGAGGGCAGGAGACGUCUGAGGCACCUGCAGCAACGUCGACCAGGGCUCCGGAUUAUUUCAAACUUCGUGGAUGACAUCGGGUUACUUCAGGCCUACCUGGACUGGGUGGAGGAGAUUCGGGCUGACCGGGACCAGAUGGAGUCGGUGAAGAACGCUGAUGCCCUGCAGUCAGUGCUCAAAGGGCUGCAGGUGGCAGGAGAGGCGGCAAGGGGAGAAAAUGCAGAAAAAGCCAAGGAACUCCAAAACAACAUAGUGGAGCUGCUGAAGGCUUCUACAGAUAUAAUAGAGAGAAGAUAAACACAGGUGUGAGAAUGUGAGGGGGUAAAGAUUCAACAGAAGGUGCAUUCAUCUUUUACAGGAUAAAAAUCUACAAAGCCAAAUAUAUUAAA